CCUACAGUCGGCAAUCGAAGCUUUGACGCCGGAACUUUUCUAACAUCAAAUUCUUUCCCAUUCUCGUUUCAAGGAAGGAGGACGUGUAUCAAUCUACUUCUAAUGGCAAUUGCUGAACUUAGGUGCCGAAGUGUUAGCUGGACAUCUGUGAAUAGGUGACACUGGCAUUUUAAGAAUGGACGAGCCUGUUGAUUCCAAAACUGUGGAUCCAUUUAGCGUGGAUCGAUUUCCCAAGCAAAAGACUUUCAAUCUGGGUGACGUUGUGACCGAUGCGGCCAAAAUUCUCACCGAGGAGGAAAGGGCCAAAUUGGAGGAGCAGAACAAACGCCUGGUGACGCCGUUCAAAGCGCUGAAAUUAGAGCAAGAGGCCCGCAAGCAUUGGGAUUUGUUCUACAAGCGGAAUGAAAACCGGUUCUUCAAAGAUCGCCACUGGACGACGCGUGAGUUUAGCGAGCUGCUGGCGGGUGAAGAUCCGGCUGCCGCUGCUAGCUCCUCGCCACUGGCCAAGCCGGAAAACGUGGAAAAGAUAAGCGUUGAGAAAAAGCUGUUAGAAAUUGGGUGCGGUGUAGGGAAUUUAAUAUUUCCCUUAAUCGAAGACGGGCAUCGUGACUACUUCAUCUAUGCGUGUGAUCUGUCACCACGUGCCGUGGAGCUGGUGCGGCAACAUAACCUGUACGAUGAGCGAUACAUGAAAGCAUUCGCCUGCGACAUCACGACGGAGGAAGUGUUCCAGACGCUACCCGAGGCCAGCCUGGACAUAGUUACGCUGAUCUUCGUACUGUCCGCUAUACAUCCGGAAAAGUUCCAAUCGACGGUGGCCAACAUUUACCGGUUGUUGAAGCCGGGAGGGGUUGUGCUGUUCCGCGAUUACGGCCUUUACGAUAUGGCUCAGUUACGGUUCAAGCCAGGGCAUAAGAUAGCGGAAAAUUUCUACAUGCGACAGGACGGUACGAGAAGCUACUACUUUGCCGAGGAGGAAGUAUCGAAAUUGUUCAGUCAGGCCGGUUUUACGGUGAUCGUGAACAACUACAUUCAUCGGCGCACGGUAAACCCGAAGGAAAACAUCGAUGUGCCAAGAACAUUUGUCCAGGGGAAGUUUCGAAAACCGGAGCAAGCAUGAGGAAAAAUCAUUCACGAAGAAAAUUCUUUGGAAUCCCCUCGUUCUCACACUGACAUUCAGCGGUCCUCAUCAUUUGAAGAGAAAACUCUUUCGAAUCCCCCAAAGUGCUCGUUCUCACACUGACAUUCAGCGGUCCUCAUCAUUUGAAGAGAAAACUCUUUCGAAUCCCCCAAAGUGCUCGUUCUCACACUGACAUUCAGCGGAUCUCAUCAUUUGAAGAGUAACUGUUUCCUGGUGGAAUGGACGUCCCCGACAUUUUGAACGUACAUUAUAAUAAUCGAUAGAUUUUGACCGGAAGUUGCUGUAAUAUAAAAUACUUAGCGACAUCUUAAGAAGGUGCAUGAUAUUCUUUGUAGCUUAACUAGGCUCAUAGUCAAUGAAACUUUCUUCGUCGCACAUUGAAUCAUCCACCAAACUUCCAUCCAGGACCGUGGAAUUUCGAAUGGAAUAACUGUUGCAAGAUCUGGUCUUCCUACAAACGGUGUGAUAUUCAACGGCAUUGGUCUUAGUUUAUUCCAAUUUGUAUAUUUUUACCACCAGUGAAAAUCAGAAAAUAUAACAAACAUCUUUAAAUAUUGUAUAA